AUGUCAAAUAGUUCUGAAUUGAUCAGUUUUACUCCAAGAUUAAACAAGCCAGUUAAACCAACUAAUGAACUAAAAGAAGAAGGAAUUUAUUGCAAAAUAAUUUUUUGUGAUGCUGAUCCACUAAUCAACUAA